CUGCCCCGUCAGAGGAUCGAGCUUCUGUUUGAUGACAUCUUCUACAUUGAGCCAUCCUUUGAGUGUCGUUUCGACCACAUCGAGGUUAGAGAUGGUCCAUUCAGUUUCUCUCCUCUGAUCAACCGCUUCUGUGGCUCCUCCAGCCCAGGCCUGGUGCUCUCCAGCGGACGCUUCAUCUGGAUCCGCUUCUCCAGUGAUGAGGAGCUAGAGGGACUGGGCUUCAGGGUCCAGUACACCUUUACCACAGGUAAUUUACCUAAGCCAAAGCUAAUGAACCACAACACACCUUUACUGCAGGUAAUACACUUCUAUACUUACCUUUACCGCAGGUAAUUUACCUGAACCACAGCUAUACUGCAGGUAGUGGCUAACUCAAUCCAACAUAACACAUCUGGGCGUCAGUGUCCAGUACACCUUUACUGCAAGUAAUUUCCCUCAACCACAGUUAGCACUUUACUGUAGAUAACACACCUUAGGAGCAAACAUUGACUUUAUUUAUUUUUUAGAUCCAGAGUUUCACCUUCACGUGGGAGGAAUACUAAAUCCUAUUCCAGGUAAUUUAUCAGCUGCAACACUUUAACACCUUCAACUAGAUAAAAAUAAUAUAACACUUUAUUUAACUGGAUGUAAAAUUAGCUUUACUGCAAGAUCAAAUGUGUUUCUUCAUCCCACCCUAUCACCUCUCUUCCCCCCCUUCUCCCCCCCCCCCCCCCCCCCACCUAUCUGUCAGACUGUCAGUUUGAGCUGGGUGGAGCUGAUGGUAUGAUCCGGUCCGGUCAGGUGGAGGAGGAGGACAAAGUCAAACCUGACCAGGCGGUCGACUGCAUCUGGACCAUACGAGCUCCGCCCAACUUUAAGGUCUAUUACACCUCUAUGACAUGUCUCAACUAUCUGUAUCUAAAUAUCUAUAUUUAAAUAUCUAUAUCUACCUUCUUUAACAUCUCCCCUCUCUACAUUUGAUCCCUCCCUCCCCAAAUCCCUCCAUCUGAUUCUCUCUCACUUUUUUCUCGGUCAGAUCUACCUGCGGUUUCUGGAGUAUCAGCUGGAGAAUUCGAACGAGUGUAAGAAGAACUUUGUGGCCGUGUACGACGGCAGCAGUGCCAUAGAGGACCUCAAGGUAGGCAUUGGAAUGAGAACUCACUCACUGACUCACUCACUCACUCAUUCACUCACUGACUCACUAAUAUGCAGUAAUGCAUAUCAUUCCCACAUUGCACGCAUUCAUAAUAAAACUACAGAAGAAUUAGCAAUAAUCAAUAUUACCGACUUAUCGGAAAAAAGCUUGUGCAGUGAUGAUACAUGUGAUAAUUAGUUUAUUGUUGUCAUACUUUUUGUUUGCCAUAUCAUCAUGUUUUAUCAUUAUAAUUUUAAUUGUUUAUUUACUGUGACAUCAUGGUUGCUGCAGGCCAAGUUCUGCAGUACCGUUGCCACUGACGUAAUGCUUGACAAUGGGGUGGGCGUGGUCAGGAUGUGGGCCGACGAAGGCAGCAGACUCAGCCGCUUUCGCAUGCUCUUCACCUCUUUCGCAGACCGUGAGUCCAUCACGUCCUUUCUAUCUUUCUCUUCACCCCUUUCUUCACCUGUUUGGCCUACCAUGAGUCUAUCACCCACUCACUUUACCUCUCUAGCACUCUUUCUAUCUCUCUCUCUUUCCCUCACAGACUCACUCUUUCACUGAAUCUGUUUUAUGCUCCCCCUUUCCCUCUUUCUUCAUCUCAUCCUUAUCUACUGUGUGUCUCACUCACUUUACCUAUUUUUCGGUCUGUGACCUGUAUUUCUAUUGCUCAUACUUACUUUUUCUUUUGGAUCACUUUGGUGCAAUCUUCACAAGUAUGUGGUACAUUUUCCCAACUCUAAGCUCAUAAUCUAAACAGGUCAUCAAAAUGGACAUAUUCAAUUGACUGAGUACCAACAAAAAAUCACAAAGUCACUUGUUCACUGCACCAAAUCAAUGUUUAAAUUUGGAUACACAUUCAAUCUAAGUAUCUGCUUUUCAAAAUUCAAUAUUCACUUUACUUUUAAUAUAAGUUUUUUUGUCAUUUGUUAACAAUACAAUCAAUUAUCACUUAAUCAAACUGCUCAAAACUGAUAACUAGUUAACGUACAGUACCAGUCAAAAGAUUGGACACACCUACUCAUUCCAGGGGUUUUCUUUAUUUUUACUAUUUUCUACAUUGUAGAACAAUAGUGAAGAUAUCAAAACUAUGAAAUAACACAUAUGGAAUCAUGUAGUAACCAAAAAAAUGUUAAACAAAUCAAAAUAUAUUUUAUAUUUGAGUUUCUUCAAAUAGCCACCCUUUGCCUUGAUGACAGCUUUGCACACUCUUGGCAUUCUCUCAACCAGCUUCAUGAGGUAGUCACCUGGAAUGCAUUUCAAUUAACAGGUGUGCCAUGUUAAAAGUUAAUUUGUGGAAUUUCUUUCCUUCUUAAUGCGUUUGAGCCAAUCAGUUGUGUUGUGACAAGGUAGGGGUGGUAUACAGAAGAUAGCCCUAUUUGGUAAAAGACCAAGUCCAUAUUAUGGCAAGAACAGCUCAAAUAAGCAAAGAUAAAUGACAGUCCAUCAUUACUUGAAGACAUGAAGGUCAGUCAAUCCGGAACAUUUCAAGAACUUUGAAAGUUUCUACAAGUGCAGUCGCAAAAACCAUCAAGCGCUAUGAUGAAACUGGCUCUCAUGAGGACCGCCACAGGAAUGGGAGACCCAGAGUUACCUCUGCUGCAGAGGAUAUGUUCAUUAGAGUUACCAGCCUCAGAAAUUGCAGCCCAAAUAAAUGCUUCACAUAGUUCAAGUAAUAGACACAUCUCUACAUCAACUGUUCAGAGGAGACUGCAUGAAUCAGGCAUUCAUGGUUGAAUUGCUGCAAAGAAAGCGCUACUAAAGGACACCAAUAAUAAGAAGAAACUUGCUUGGGGCAAGAAACACGAGCAAUGGACAUUAGACCGGUGGAAAUCAGUCCUUUGGUCUGAUGAGUCCAAAUUUGAGAUUCUUGGUUCCAACCGCUGUGUCUUUGUGAGAUGCAGAGUAGGUGAAUGGAUGAUCUCUGCAUGUGUGGUUCCCACCGUAAAGCAUGGAGGAGGAGGUGUGAUGGAAUGGGGGUGCUUUGCUGUUGACGCUGUCAGUGAUUCAUUUAGAAUUCAAGGCACACUUAACCAGCAUGGCUACCACAGCAUUCUGCAGCGAUACGCCAUCCCAUCUGGUUUGCUCUUAGUGGGACUAUCUUUUGUUUUUCAACAGGACAAUGACCCAACACACCUCCAGGCUGUGUAAGGGCUAUUUGACCAAGAAGGAGAGUGAUGGAGUGCUGCAGCAGAUAACCUGGCCACCACAAUCACCUGACCUCAACCCAAUUGAGAUGGUUUGGGAUGAGUUGGACCGCAGAGUGAAGGAAAAGCAGCCAACAAGUGCUCAGCAUAUGUGGGAACUCCUUCAAGACUGUUGGGAAAGCAUUCCAGGUGAAGCUGGUUGAGAGAAUGCCAAGAGUGUGCAAAGCUGUCAUCAAGGAAAAGGGUGGCUACUUUGAAGAAUCUCAAAUAUAAAAUAUAUUUUGAUUUGUUUAACACUUUUUUGGUUACUACUUGAUUCCAUAUGUGUUAUUUCAUAGUUUUGAUGUCUUCACUAUUAUUCUACAAUGUAGAAAUAGUAAAAAUAAAGAAAAACCCUUGAAUGAGUAGGGCGUCCAAACUUUUGACGGGUACUAUAUAUAGUUUGAUAACUGCUGUAAAAUUCUAUAUUUCUACCUCAUAAAUGUAUCAAUUUGACAUCCAUUUAUGGUUGAAGGUUAAACCAAAUCAUAUAUGUAUGUGGCUCUGAACGCUACAUCAUCAUUCUCCGUCAGCCAGUGUGCUUCAAUUGGACAAAGUGGAAAUAGUCACUAUGUGCUACCAUUUGGAAUUAUAGUGUAGUGUACAAUGCACUGCUGAAAUACCUGGGUUGUGUAACAAUAUAUUUCACUCAUUAUCUGUGUAAGCUGAGAGACAGGUGAUACUGUGUUAGUUGACAAGUCGAAAAGGUGAUCUUGUACAAUGUUCCAUUGGGCAGAAAUCAGUGGAAGCUGCUGAAAGGAGGACAGCUCAUAAUAAUGGCUGGAAUAUAGUGUAAUGGCUGGAAUGGAGUUAAUUGAAUGGUAUCAAACACAUGAAAACCAAAAUUUGCGGCCAUUAUUAUGAGCUGUCCUCCACUCAGCAGCCUCCACUGGCAGAAAUGGCGUACAAAACCAUGCUACGUUUUUACAGUAGCCAACUGCUUAACAAUACCCCUAUAUCUGAUGAUUUGUCCUACGUACUGUAUGUACUGUAUGGUGCAUGUCAAGUUAUAAUCAUAUACUGUAUGGAAAAGUAUAUUUACCAUCUACUAUUUGGUUCUAUUCAGCACUGCAAAAAGAACAGUUUUGCAAUGUGUAUCUUGUAUUUUUUGCUAUUGGAUUUAAUGGUGAGCAUUAUCUGAUGUAUUGGUGACUAAAUGAAAUGUUGUCAUGGUAUUUCACAGAUUUUUUUUGCAUGAAUCACUGAUAAAUUAUUUUGCAUGAAUGACUCAGUGUUGAAAGGUGUGAAACCCCAACGAAUGCACAAUCAAAGGUUCUGAACAUACCAUAGGGGGCAGUACAAGUGUUAUCAGUGUAGAGUUUUGUACUUAGAGUUUAGAAAAUUCAGCACAUACUUGUGAAAAUAGCACCAAAGCGAUUGUAAAAAACUGUAACAUAAUUGUAUCCUCUUGUGGCUGAGACUUCACAUAGCUGUUUCAGAUUUUUUUUAUUUUGACGCUAUAGGUUUACAUACACUAUAUAUACAAAAGUAUGUGGACACACAACAACUGCUCAGUCGUGAAGUGGUAGGCCACAAGCUCACAGAACGGGACUGCUGGAUGCUGAAGAACGUAGCGCGUAAAAAUUGUCUGUCCUCGGUUGCAACACUCACUACCGAGUUCCAAACUGCGUCUGGAAGCAACGUCAGCACAAUAACUGUUCGUCGGGAGCUUCAUGAAAUGGGCUUCCAUUGCCGAGCAGCCACACACAAGUCUAAGAUAACCAUGCGCAAUACCAAGCGUCAGCUGGAGUGGUGUAAAGCUUGCCGCCAUUGGACUCUGGAGCAGUGGAAACGCGUUCUCUGGAGUGAUGAAUCACGCUUCAUCAUCAGCCAGUCCAACGGACUAAUCUGGGUUUGGCGGAUGCCAGGAGAACAGGAGGACGUUACCUGCCCCAAUGCAUAGUGCCAACUGUAAAGUUUGGUGGAGGAGGAAUAAUGGUCUGGGGCUGUUUUUCAUGUUUCGGGCAAGGCCCCUUAGUUCCAGUGAAGGGAAAUCUUAAUGCUACAGCAUACAUUCUAGACGAUUCUGUGCUCCCAACUUUGUGGCAACAGUUUGGGGAAGGCCCUUUCCUGUUUCUGCAUGACAGACAAUGCCCCCGUGCACAAAGCGAGGUCCAUACAGAAACAGUUUGUUUAGAUCAGGGUGGAAGAACUUGAAUGCCCAUGAUUUUGGAAUGAGAUGUUCGACGAGCAGGUGUCCACAUACUUUGGUCAUGUAGUGUAACAUAACUAUGCUAGAAUAGGUUAGAACUAAAAUAAUGCCUCAUCAUGUUGUUGAAUAAAAAAAUGUGUGUGUGUGUGUGCUGUGUGCGUGCAUGUGUGUGUUGCAGCCCCAUGUUCAGGCGACAUGUUCUUCUGUCACAGUAGCAUGUGCAUCAACAAUUCUCUGGUGUGUAACGGGGUGCAGAACUGUGUCUUUCCCUGGGACGAGAGCAACUGUAAAGGUGAGACACAUGCUAUGUUAUACUGUAUUAUAUUUUCCUAAUAUCAUCUUCAUAUUUCACAUCAAGAGGAAAAACACAUUUUUGUUGGUCGAUUCCCAGAAUCGGGAGGGAAUGAGCAGGGAAUCCGGAAUCCUCCCACUUGGGUUUCUGGAAAACCUAGGAAUUUUGCAAAAGUUAUCGGAAUUUUGUAACCCUAAGUCUCUCGUCCCCCCCCCCCCCCCCCCCCCCUCGCUCUCUCUGUAGAGAAGAAGCCUAAAGGUAUAUUCCAUCACAUUACUAAGACCCAUGGGACAAUUAUAGGUGUGUCUACAGGACUCGUCCUCCUCCUCCUCAUCAUCUCCAUAUUGGUGCAGGUCAAACAGCCACGCAAGAAGGUGUGUAGCAACCAAAUUUUACAAAUAUUACAAAUUACGUAAUAUUGUGUGUGAAUGAACAGAAUUCGUCAAAUGAAGCACUUUACUAUUCUACAAGUGGCAUGGGUCUGGGUCGUCGAGAGAAAUAAAGCUUCUAUCACGCUAGAGGCUUGUGGGAUCCUAACCCUUGUAUGUUAACAGGUGGUUGCGCGGAAGAGUGCCCUUUUCAAUCGAGCUGACUUCCAGGAAGUGUUUGAACCUCCGCACUACGAACUCUUCUCACUCAGAGAGAAGGUGGGUUUAACAUCUAGAUUUCAUGAUAUAUACCGAACAAAAAUAUAAACGCAACAUGCAAAAAUGUCAACGAUUUUUCUGAGUUACAGUUCAUAUAAGGAAAUCAGUUAAUUGAAAUAAAUUAAUUAGACCCUAAUCUAUGGAUUUCACAUGACUGGGCAGGGGUGCAGCCAUAGCUGGGCCUGGGAGGGCAUAGGCCCACCCACUGGGGAGCCAGGCCCUGCCAAUCAGAAUUAUUUUUUUCCCACAAAAGGGCUUUAUUACAGACAGAAAUACUUCUCAGCACCCCCACCCCCCCUCAGUCGAUUCCGCAGGUGAAGAAGCCGGAUGUGGAGGUCCUGGGCUGGCGUGGUUACACGUGAUAUGCGGUUGUGAGGCCGGUUGGACGUACUGCCAAAUUCUCUAAAACGACAUUGGAGGCAAUUUAUGGUAGAGAAAUGAACAUUCAAUUGUCUGGCAACAGCUCUGGUGGACAUUCCUGCAGUCAGCAUGCCAAUUGCAUGCCAAUUGAAAUGAUCAGGCUGUUUAAUCAGCUUCUUGAUAUGCCACACCUGUCAGGUGGAUGGAUUAUAUUGUCAAAGGAGAAAUGCUCACUAACAGGGAUGUAAACGCAUUUGUGCGCAACAUUUGAGAGAAAUAAGCUUUUUGUGCGUAUGGAACAUUUCUGGGAUUUUUUAUUUCAGCUCAUGAAACAUGGGACCAACACGUGGUCCUCUGUAGCUCAGCUGGUAGAGCACGGCGCUUGUAACGCCAAGGUAGUGGGUUCGAUCCCCGGGACCACCCAUACACAAAAAAAAAAAUAUGUAUGCACGCAUGACUGUAAGUCGCUUUGGAUAAAAGCGUCUGCUAAAUGGCAUAUUAUUAUUAACACUACAUGUUGCGUUUAUAUUUUUGUUCAGUUUAGUUUAUUAUGCUAUGUUUUAUACUGAUGUUUUAAUCUUGUAUUUUACUUUGCUUUACUUCACUUAGUUAAUAAAGUAGUGAUGAUGAUGAUGAUGAUGAUGAUCACUGUAUGAAGAUGUUGACCAUUAUCUUUGUCAUCCUAAGGAGCUGUCUACGGACAUAGACCUACCAGAAGAACUCCAGUCUCUCAACGCUCUGAGACGUUCCUCCACCCCUUCCCGCUGCAUCCAUGAGCACCACUGUGGCUCCCAGGCCUCCGCCAACCCCAGCCGAAGUGCUUCCUCUGUGGGCAUAGGAUCCAUGGAACUGCCUCCCUUCCAGGGCGAGUUCACCCAGGGUCAGCCAGGCUCCCUACCCUCUCUGAGAGGCGUCAACAGCAGCCUGAGGAAGAAGAGCUGGCCUAGUAUGAAACAGGUAGGACUGGUGGGGGGCGAGGGCCUGGGGGACCGGGUAAGGGGGAGGGAGGAUAGGGUGAUGGAAGAGGAGGAAGAAGAGGAGGAGGAAGGAGGGAGGUGUGAUGUGUAUGUACGCAGAGGGAUGAGCAUGAGAGCCAUCUGUGAGAUGUCUCAGCAGAGAUCGAUGUCCAUGGACUUC